UUAAUUUGGUUCAGGUCAGCGGGUGACAGGAAGUUGUAGCUGCCAAUGUUUAGCUUGCCGCUUUGUUGAGGAUUCCUGCUGGGCUUCCUGCAGAUUUUAUCAUAAGAGUUGCAAUGGAACCGAGCUGGAGUACAUUUUUAUUUCAACAGGCCAAUGAGGCCCUCCACCAGCACCAAAUAGCCGGAAACAGCCUCUUGCCUCUGCUCAAUUCUGCAACGGAGCCACCUGAUCAGAAACCAGUACUGCCCAUACUGUUGGACCAGAAGCCACCAGUCAGUGCUGCAGAACUUCUUAAAGAUAAUGUGGCCAGCGGGGCUGGGGGAGGAGGUGGUGGAGGACCUCUACUUGCUGUGAUUAAAAAAGAACCUAAAUCAAAGACGCCCUUCAUUUGUGGCUACUGCAACAAGGCUUUUCGGGACAGUUACCACUUGCGGCGGCAUGAGUCAUGUCACACCGGCAUUAAGAUGGUCUCACGGCCUAAAAAGACACCCACAGCUCCCACCAUGGUGCCACUCAUAGCCACUGUACCUCGUGAAAAUAGUGGAAACUCCUCAUACAUUACUACUGUAGCUGGCAUCUUGACUACAGCCACCACAUCAACAGCAACAGGGACAAGCAUUAUGACACCAAUGCAACACCAACAGCAACAGAGCAUCCCUAAGAAACCCUCCAAGCCUGUGAAAAAGAAUCAUGGCUGUGAUAUGUGUGGAAAGGCCUUCCGAGAUGUUUAUCACCUCAACCGUCACAAGCUGUCGCACUCUGAUGAAAAACCGUUUGAGUGUCCCGUCUGUCACCAGAGGUUCAAGAGGAAGGAUCGAAUGACGUAUCAUGCACGCUCCCAUGAUGGUGGCAUUCACAAGCCUUACAUUUGUUCUGUGUGUGGGAAAGGUUUCUCCAGGCCUGAUCAUCUCAGCUGUCAUGUCAAGCAUGUCCAUUCCUCAGAGAGGCCUUUCAAGUGCCAAGUAACGGCCUGUACAUCUGCCUUUGCUACCAAAGACCGUCUGCGCUCGCAUAUGAUCAGACAUGAAGGCAAAGUCACCUGUAACAUCUGUGGCAAAAUGCUAAGUGCAGCCUACAUCACAAGUCACCUCAAAACUCAUGGGCAGGCCAGCUUCAGCAACCAUUGUAACAAAGGAAUAAGUGACUGGCAGUGGAACCAUUCAGGGCCACGAAAAGGUGAGUUGACGGUAGGAGAGAUUUUAAAUAACUCCUUCCAAGUCCUAAUUGACAACUCUCAUAAAGAUGCCAACAACAUACACAACUCUGCCACAACAACGCCAGUCACCAACUCUGCAGCCAUCACCUCUGCUUUAAAUCGAGGUGGCAAUACCAGCAAUCCAGUCACCAUUGCUGCUCAGAUGAACAUCACUACCAGCACCAUCAACAUAACAAAUCCGGUUAACUUGGGCCCCGUCAACCUCGCCUCUGUCAAUAUCCCAACGACAGCCCACAUGAAUCUUGCCCACCCUGUGGCUAUAACCACCCCGAUGCCCAUGAAUAUUACCGGCCCACUUAACAUUGCUAUGAGGCCCAUGGAUAGCAUGCCUUUUCUAUCCCAAGUUCUGCCAUCCUCACCUCCUUGGUAGAUAUUUUUUGUAGCUGCUGAGUAACUGUUGAGAAUGUAACUAUAUGCCUAAUAAUAAUAUACAAAUGUGCUGAAUCUUGGUCCAAUGAAGAGCGGCAUGCCUUCCUGUAUAAUACAGGACCUCACCCCACAUAGAUUCCUAAUCAAAAAAGUCAUGUUAUCAUCACUUUGGGAAAUAUUAAAUGUGGAAGAAGCAGUGAUUUACAUAUCCCACAAAUUAAUUGGGGUAGCAUUGCUCAGGUGGUAGUGGUUGGAUCCUUAGUGCCACUGUGACCCUGUAACUGUUAUUUUUGAGCAAGAUACUGAACCCCCAGCUGCUCCUGGGGCUGCAUCAUCAGUAGGUGAAUGAGGUGAUAGUGUCAAAGUGCUUUCAUUACCUUGAAGGUAGAAAAGCGCUAUACAGUGGAACCUGUAUAUGUUGACCAACCCAUUGUUUUUCUAUCAUUGCUAAAAAAGAUGCCAGUUUAAAUCGGAGCAAUUCUAUGAAAAGAACUGCCACUUACAUUCAAAGCUUCAGCAUAGAGUCAAAAGUCCUUUCUUCUUUAGGGCUCCCAGCAAUAAUCUUCCUUCGUACAAAUACCUAAAUCAAACCAAAAUACGUCUCGUUAAUCUUUGUAAUCCGGUCAACUGGACGUCUACCAAUUAUUUUUUAAAACCUUCAACAUCAAAACUGCCGUUAUGAAUUUACCGUAAGUCUUGUGGUCCGUUCCAUUAACCCCGGAAGUUGGAAAUCAGAGCUGGGAAUGAUGUCUUGCGCUCUAGUUACGAAGUCGAAAAUAAAGACAGCCAAAUCCACGACAAGUAUUCUUGCUUUUGAAUCUGAAUAUAAACAAUUUAUGGAAAAAUAUGCACUCUUUCCCCAACUUUUAAACAAGGUGGAUGACAUGUAAACACAGACAUUAUUUCUAGCAAUGUAGAGCGUAUAAAACACAUUAGCAUAAUUCAUUUACCGUAUUUUCCGGGCUAUAAACCGAAUCUACAUAUAAACCGCACCCACUAAAUUUGAGUAUACUGUACAUACAUACAUAUACUGUAUUAGCCGCACUGGACUAUAAACCGCAUUUAUAUACCGGUACAUUGUGAAAUAUUUACAUAUACAGAGUUUGUAAAUGUUUAUUUCCAUACCUUAAUUGUUUCCAAAUGGUGCCUGUAAAACGGCUGAUCAAACAAAAGAGAAAAGUCAUCAAUGUCUUUAUUCAUCGUUUGAGAUGAAUGAGAUUUUCUCCUUUUUUAAUAAGGUUCAACAUAUUUUUCAGUAUUCUUCCUCCUUUUACUUUGUAAAGUUCUUAAAAUGCAUCUUUUUAGUAUAUUGUUUGAUUUCUUUGCUUAAUCCAUUCCAUAAUUUAGCAGUUAGCAAAGACAAAUUAGCCGCACCUUUAUAUAAACCGCAGGGUUCAAAGCUUGGGAAAAAAGUAACAGCUAAUAGUCUGGGAAAUACGGUACACAAGGUUAACAUUACCAAAUAUGAACGUCCAAAAAUUAAUCGUAUAUUGCUGAUUUAAUGCGACAAAAAAAUAGAAGUGCUAAUAAAGAAUUUUACAGAAAGUUAUAUUACUGUUUACACUCCGAGCAGCCAUCUUUGAAGCUAACUCGGGUGUAGUACGUUCCAGUUGAAAUUUCCUAUUAGGAACCCGCAAAUUCUGAAUGGUGGAAUGCACCAUUAAACUAUACCAUGUAUUCCAAUGGUUUGAAGCUGCGCUUUGAGAUACAUAUGGGGGUUAUUACGGUAAUCACAGAAACUACGUCACAGUAAUUGAGGCACAAAGCAGAGUGCAGGGUUUGUACAACUAAGUUCUGCACAUGAAAGUGAUAACUUACAUUUUGGGUGUUUUUUUUUACCCUGUCUGUUGCGUUUUGCCUGAUUGUGAAAAUUUGUCGAUCAAGGAGGUGGUCUGCGAAGUAAAAGAGGAGCAACAUUCUUAAUAUUCAGUUUUUUAUCAUACACAGUUAAUAUUGUAAAUCCCACAUUCUUUAUGUUAUGUAUAUUUUGGCUGCCUUAGUUAGUAAAAAAAAAUGUAAAACUUCAUAAUUUAGUAAAAAAAAAUCUGCUGUAUUUGCUUGGGUCAGUUUUUUCAGGAAUACUAAUGCAAAACCUUACAAAAUAAUGUUUAAAAUGCGGUUUGGGGGAGGUUUGACAGACCACCUCAAAAACAGAAUAAAAUUGUUUUUUUUAAUUUGCGCAAAUGGAGGACAAGGUUAAAACAAACUACCAUAAGUUCAAAAUGGUAUGCCUCUGGCUGAAGUCACUAAGAACUAUUAUUCGGUCAUGCCGACAGCCAGGCCGAGGGAUGUCAACUUAUAACGGGUUCCACUGUGUAAGUGAAAGCCUGUUUACCAUUCAUCACAUUGAUGCAAAAUGAUUAGUAUUAGUAAAAGUAUUACCUCUGAAGCUUAUUCCCUCCAAUGAAUUUUCUAAAACAAAUUUUCAACAAUCCUUAUGAGGAAAAGCAACACAUUGUGUUUUACAUUAGUAGAGAUUAAUACACCCAGAAAACAUUUAAAUUCUGUAAUCUAUCAAAGGGACAGUCUACCGUAUUUUCAUAAAAACCUUCUGUUCAAUGUAAAAUGACCCCACUCACUGCCAUUUUAGUUUUUUUUUUUUUUUUUAGUAUUUAAGUAGCCCAUUAUGCCAAAGAGUUUCCAAGUAACAUUGUUCCCUUUAAAUGAUGAAUGUUAAAAAUGAGUGUAGACACCUAAAUGAAUUUAGAUCAAGUACUAUGUCAAAAGAGGUCUCACAUUAGAUGCUCCUACAUUUUUGCAUUCUGAUAUAGUGUUUACUCAAAUCUAAUUUUGAAAUCAAUUUAGGUAUGUUUAGUGUUUACAUAGAUUUCUGAACAGAACAAAUAUGGUUGCCGAUUUUGAUGUAUUUAUCAGACAGUUACUAGGCAUUAUUAGCGGUUACACAUUGAACCAUAUGUUUAAUGUUUCUCUUGUUUUGUGCCGCAUUUGUUAGCUGACUCAUUGAAACUGUUUUAUAAGGAGUAUCCUUUUACACAAUUCUUGAUCUAGUUGUCAGUGUAGUAUAAGUGAACAAUUGCAACAAGAUUGCCUAUGCUGUGCAUUUGAUGUCAAAAGGUGUGACACCUUCCUACACCUGAGGUGUAUUUUUUGGUGUGUGUGAGACACAAUGCUUCCAGAUAAGAUUUUUUUACACUAUUUUUAGAGGACUAAUCAGUAUUUAAUAGUUUCAUGUAUUUCAAAGUUUUAAGUGAUGAAAAAAAUCUUUCUUUGAAGGGCGGGUGUUAUAUUUUGCAUUUUGUUGAUGUUUCUGAAGCUUGGUGAGGUUUGUUUUAAAUUAAGUUCUCCCCUGGCUGUAUUUUGAAAUGGCUGGGAAUUACGCUGAUCUACAGUAUGUAUGAAUUUUUGAGGAAAUAUUUAUCAUAAGAACAUGACAGCUAAGGUACAGCACGGAGGGAGAAACAGUAUUAUUAAGGUCAAAUAGAUUGAUUACUGAGGUCGAGAACAAUAUACAGUAUUUCCUUCAAAGGUCAUGGAACGCUAUCAAAGCAAUUUCAAAGUUAGGUUGGUCUGAAUGUUUAUGUUAACAAGCAUAUGAGCUUAUAUAUGCCAGUAGAACUCUAAAAAGUUACUUCGAAUAGUCUUCUCCAAUGCCUGUUUACCGUCUAUUUUGUAAAUAUGGAACACUAUUUUAUAGCCUUGUGGUAGUGCCAGUGUGACUUUAUACUACAGCUGGCAGUGCAAAACAUAUUGGUCUAUCCCUCACAUUUUUAUGGCAAUAUCUCUUAAGGGACAAUACAAAAGAAUGAAACAGGGUUCUGAUUUAAUUAGUUGUUUUACUCAAUAGAUUAUGGUAUUAAGUGUCAAGUAAAAAUUAAGAGCUGUAUUUGCAGAUACUGACAAAAUACAUAAAAUAUUUUCAAGUUUCUUUAAUGAUUUUGCCAAUCAGAUCAGACUAAAAAUAAAACACUGCAUGAUUUUAGGUAAACAUAGUUUUGUGAGCAAACCUCUUUGGGAAAAAAAAAUUACAAUUGUAUAAGAUAGUGUAACAAUAAGUGAGUGUAUUGACACUGCACUAAUACUGUUAGUGCUUCAUUAUGUUCAUCCGUUAUCGGCUUUUUAAAAAAAGAUAUCUGUAUUUGACUUCAAAAUAAGAUUAAUCUUUCACAAAUAUAAUUGUUGCUUUUAAACAAACAGCUGCACAGAAAUGAACAUGAAACACGCCCCUGUGGUCAAGUAUCCAAAUAGUAAAUAGAAAAAGAAGAAUAUUUGCUUUUUUUUGGCCCUUUAAGAUCGAAAUGAUCCCAUACUUCAGAAUGUUGCCUUUUCUUAGUUUUAUUUAGAUCGAUUAACUAAAUAGAUCAUAAUUUUUUAGUAGGAACUAUCACUUGUGAGCCGAAAGAGCCUGAAGAGCAGUUUGGCGCUUCGCAGUCAAAUGACGCAAUUGUUUUUCUUCUUAAAGCAACACAUCGAAACAUUGAGUGAUAGUAUUUACUCCUUGUGUUUUUAAUAAGGCACUACCCGAGGGUCCCUGGUUCAAAUCCCACCUAGUACCAACCUCGUCACGUCCGUUGUGUCCUGAGCAAGACACUUCACCCUUGCUCCUGAUGGGUGCUGGUUGGCGCCUUGCAUGGCAGCUCCCUCCAUCAGUGUGUGAAUGUGUGUGUGAAUGGGUAAAUGUGGAAGUAGUGUCAAAGCGCUUUGAGUACCUUGAAGGUAGAAAAGCGCUAUACAAGUACAACCCAUUUAUUUAUUUAAAAUGCAGUACUAUUAAUAACAAAACUACAAUCGUCCCCUUAUUUUUUUUUUGUUACAAAGAAUAGUAUAAGUACAAUAAAAACUGGUUGUGCAAAAUAGAUUUUUACUCUACAAAACGGCAACAAUGCAAAAAUAUAAUCAUUAAAAAAAUGUUGUUCAUCAAUACAUUUCUUUUACGACAAGCGCAAGCGCGUCUGUGCAAAUGUAGCAAUGGCCAGUCCACUUCAAAAAUAGUACUCGCGAUCUGGGGAGAUUGCUUGUGCUUUUGGCUCGUAGUCAGCAUGCUCGCCUCGCACACCGACAACCUGGGUUUGUGCCCCGCUUGGAGCAGUCGGAAAAAACACCGCAGCCAAGAUAAAGUACACAGUCGCUACAUGAAGCAGAGCUGUCUGUGAUUGACAGCUAUGGACACCAAUCAUUGCAUUCCGCCGUCAAAAUCGGGGGCCCCUGAUUGGGUGGUGGCCACUGGGCUUCAGCCAAGUAAGCCCGUGCAUCGAGGCAGCCCUGCCCAUGUCCAAAACAUAAAGUUUUCGAUUUUAAACAAUAUGACUAACAAAACACAGAUAAUUAGCUGUUCAACCAAUGAAAUGUCACUGCAUCGGCCACUCGCGCCGUCACAUCCUUGUUUACAUUAACAGAGAUCUCGGUUUUUGAUGACCAUUUCUUACUCUCAUUUACUAACAAAAAUCCCUGCUAUAGCACUGAACAGUUCCCGUUGUUUAAUGAGAGCAGUGUAAACCGUUCGCAAAGUGCGAUGUUUGUCACAAUACUUGGAAAAACUCUUGAAAAAUCAGGCAAGAUCCCCAAAUUGUUGUCAAUGUUCCAAAAUGUUCUCUGCAUUUGAGUUUAAUAGGAGUAUGAAUUCGAAGCAUAUUUCGUACAUGUGCUUUCUGGGUAAAGCUUACGAAGAACACUUAAAACAUUGAUAACAAAUUCAUACAAACGCAAGCUGAUGCAAAAAUAGGGAACUUUUACCACAACUUUGUAAAAAUGAAACAACAAUCCUGGAAGGACUGACAGCUUUACACUGACUACCCUUAAGUAGUAUCCACGUGUCUUUUGUGUUUUCCCUUGAGAAUAAAUAAAAAUGUGAGUGAUGUACUGGAAAUCAACGCUGAUGUGGCCGUCCAACUCUAUGAAUAAUAAACAGACCCCCCCAAAAAAUAAAUACCUUGUCAACAAACAUUGCUUGUGGUGCUAUGGCCAUUUUGUCGUCAGAUAAACAGUUCAGUUUAUUCUCUCAGGCAAAAUGGCAAAUUAUACCAGUGAGACAAGAACUCUUUCUCAAUACUGUUUGUAUACAUCUCCACACAUCAGGGUCUUGGGAGUAUUCCUUUUACAUAGUUACGAGGAUGUCUGUGGUUAAACUUGUAAAUUUUUCGGAAAGAUGACCUAAUAGUAUUUCCUGUGAAAUAAAACCAAGAUCACAUGUUUAACCUAUUUUAAAUCUUCACAAAUAAUUAUUAUUUGACAAAAACCCUGACAAUGGUCAGCAGAGGUACUUGAGGUCAGAUUUACAUAUAUUUAACAUCUCUCUCCCACUGUUUAAUAAUGUCAGGAAAUGUUUUUUGGUCAGAACAAACAAUUGUAACACAUUUGUGUGUCUUAGGAAAAGGUCAAAAGUCAGAUAGCUUGGUACAUAUAGUGUUUGUUGGUUCUUGCUCAAAGGUUGACCCUUUGUGUUAUCAGAUUUAGAAUAAUUUAGCAUUGACUGCAAGGCCUAAGAGGAAUUGUCUAUUGUUUUCCUAAUCUUUGUUUGUUUUUCGUCUUAGUAAUAGUGCUCUACUAUAUUGAUCUCACACUAAUGUUGAGUUGACCCUUAUUUUUUUGUCUAAUCUGACUGCAACACGGUUAGUGAUGCAGCCAUCACAAAUGACAUACAUUUGCCUGACUGUCAAAAAACUAAGAUAGAAACAUUGCAUACAUUUUAUGAUAGCUUUACUGUAACAGAGGCAGACAUUGCGGGGGGAAAUCUAGAAAGGUUACAAAUUAAUUUGUAUUUAAUUAAAGGAAAUAUAUAUUUGUUCCCAAAACAAAACAUGACUUAGUCCUUAAGCCUCAUUAGUAACCACACGAGUCAGACUGCUUGGUCACCAAGGUUGCACGCAUACUAGAAACGCAUACUAGAAAGAGAUUUUGGUCAGAUUUUUCCAACUCCAUUUUUUAAUAAAGGGAUGCUUUUAAACUCAUAUUCAGCAUUUCUCUGCUUCCAAACACGUUGAGUCGAGUGUAUUCUUGGGACCUUGCGAGUAUUUCAGGAUCUUUAUGGCAGCAUUGGUAAUUGUACACCCAACUCUUAUGCGGUCAUUAUAGCUUAUGAUGAGUAUUUGGUGCUAAGAACCAUCCCUAUUCUAAUGGUGUAAACAUUUUCUGAACAAGGGUGAUUGACAGUGCCAAUAGUAGUAUUUUUUUUCUCUCACCAAGCUUUUUGUGAUAGUCUAGUAGCUCAUCCCAGUCUUUUGCAGGUCUACAAACCUGUCUAUUGGGUUCUUGACAGGUCUUUUGGCAUGCCCAUGGAGAUAAGGAGGUUUGAAUGGAAGAUACUUUUUUGGAUAGUUGUCUUAGCCAAUUAAUAUGUUGCUAUUUGAAGGUCUUUCUAAAAGAGAAACAAUUGAUUUGUGUGCUUCAUGGACAUACAACUGUGUGGCCAGAAUGCUUGUUGGUUUGUAGGAGAUCAAAUACUUAUUUACCGCACUGAAAUACAAAUUGAACCAUCUUAUUGUAUUUUUUUUUCUUAUUAUUUUGUGUUUACAAUAAACCUGCCAUAGAAAUGCAUAUUUUUUUAUGACAGCAAUCUUACAAAAUCAGCAUGAGGUCAAACAUUUAUUUUCCUACCUGUAUUUGUUUCAAGUUGAGGCCAUUUCUCUACAAAGCUUGCAGCAUAUUAUUGGAUGUUAGCGAGUUGCACCUUCAUUUCAUUGAAAGCAUGUCAAUACUGUCCCUAUUUUUAAUGCGUUUUGAUCUUGGAAAUGUAAUUGUUUUGUCUUCAAUCUCUUUUUUUUUUUUUUUCUUAUGUUGCAUGUGGUUGACUGAGCUUGUCUAUUGUAGGUUUGAGUUGAAUAACAUUUUUGCUAGAACAAUAGUGACAUUUUUAGGACAAAACAAACACUAAAAAAAAAAAGGGUAAAUCAUGCAUGUGUUGUCUGUCCUUCUCUAGUGGCCGUAACAAGUGUGCCUGAAAUACUUUGCAAGACUCUUCCACGUUGAUGCUUCUUCCUCAAUGUGUGUUAUGUGAUAAAGGAUGAAAAAAUACUGUGAAGGAAUACUUUUUUGUUGUUUUUUUUAUUUUCAAAUGGCUGCAGACAUCUUACUGACAACCAAACUAUGGCAUUUCCGUUCUAUACAGUAUGUUAUGAAAUCUUAUGAUUGUAAGUCACAGUUGUUCAGUAACUGUGUUCUGUAUUUUUUUAAAUUGCUAAUUAGGAACAUACAUGAAAAAACAAUUUGAAGACAAACAAUUUUUACCAACCAUUUUGUCAAGUAAAAUUUUGGAAGAUGUUGUGAAGGCAAUUGAAUGUAUAUCUAUGUACAAACCGUUCAAAUCAGAGAACUUGUUAGUUAUGAUAGACACAUGCAAAGAAAAAAAUCUUUUUAUUAAAAAAAACAUUUUGUAUUAGAUUAUUAACAAUGGUAAGUUUUGUAUAUAUGAAGGCUAGGCUUUCUGAUUAGCAGAAAGGUAAAACAUUCCUACAUUUUUUAAAUGUAUGUUCAUGGAAAAUAACUAUGUAAACAUGCACAAUGUUUUAUGUGCCUUUUAUUUGGGUUUGUCUAAAUAAAAGAAAACCGUAAAACAUGAUUGUCAACUGGCCAUGUUGAAUCCUACAUUGUAUGUUUUUUUUUGUGUGUGUUUGACAGCUACGAGAUCAGAAAGAUAAAUGAUGGAUGUCAACAAUU